AUGAACCAUCAUCCCAAACAAGACAGAGAUCCAAACGGCAUCAACAUCCACGUACAGGCUGACUUUGAAGAUGUGUUUGCGGAAAGCGAUGGAACCCAGAGUUUCGACUGUGUCUGGGAAACCUCACAGCAAUGCUUUUCAUGCAGUAAGAACUGUUGCUAUAACUUCCUGGCUGUUUUCUGUGGACUCUGUGCAGCCUUUUUCUGGGGAUUCCAGUUCGCGUGUGUGGCGUUUGAACAUGUCUGGUGUUUGACUCCUGCGUUGAAACUCUUUGUCAUCAACUGUAGCGCCUUGCAGAAGUGUGUCGGAAAUCUCGUUGGUUGUAUUCUCGCGCCACUUUGCGAGACUUGUGGUCUCAUGUUUUCCAACAUCUCCAUCCAGCACAGUGGAAGCAAAGGGUGA